AUGGAAGUCGAAAAGGUAGAUACCUCCCAAGUGGAGACCGCCAGCGCGCUCCCGGAGAAGUCAUUAGGUCAGCAGCACCAAGACAAGGGCGACAUCGUCCUGGUCGGCGAUGGUCACGAAGUUCGCAAGAUCCCCAUCCCCACAGAUGACCCGAACGACCCCCUAAACUGGCCGAAAUGGCGGAAGAUGGGCAUUGUCGGAACAUGCUGUUGGUUUGCCAUUUUCUCCCUGCUCUCGGUGAGCGGCAUCUCGACCUUCAUGAACACACUGUUCAUGAUGUACAGCCCGGCGAAGACUUCAGAUGAGAUUGUAGGAUUAAGCACUUAUCCCACUAUGGUGAUGGCCCUUGGAAGUUUUGGACUUCUUCCCCUGGCUUUCGUCUUUGGUCGCCGCCCAGUUUUCCUGUUCUCGGUUAUCCUGGCCUUCAUCACCGUGCUCACCGCUGGAACGAGCAACGACUAUGAUGGCCACUUCAUCAGCCGUAUCUUCCUGGGCCUGGCAACAGGUGCCACUGAGUCGCUCCUGCCUCUCAUCAUUUCUGACGCUACAUUCAUUGACGAGCGCAGUUUUUAUUUCGGGCUGUACUGGUCCGUCCAAAACAGCGUCAACGCUGGGCUGCAAAUCGGACUGUCCUACCUCACAGCUGCGGGCACGUGGCGAUGGUACUACUGGCUCUUCGCCAUCACGCUGGGCCUCAGUAUCCUGAUCUCCAUAUUCCUGCUGCCCGAGACCAGGUUCCAGAGACCGGCAGCUUCGCUCAACGGCCAGAUCGUCUACACGGACGAGUUUGGUGCCACCCACUUCCUCUCCGAUGAGGACGCUCGCGAACGGUUCGGCGACCUCGCACAGCCCCUGAGCACAGCUACCGAGAAGAGAACCUUCCUGCAGGAGUUGAAGCCGUGGAGCCCAGUGGCGCAAAACGGCUUCAAGAUCUGGGCUGGGGCAUAUGGGAAGAUCUUGAAGAGCUUGAGCAGUCCUGGUGUGGUGUUUGCCAUGCUGGCAAGUUCCAUCUCGCUCGGAAUUGCUGUCGCCAUUUCUCUCGUAUACAGCACUAUUCUCAUUGAAGGAUACGGGUGGUCCGCGGAAUCAGUAGGACUGUUCAAUGUCGGAAUCAUCCCCGCCGCGUUUCUCGCUAUGGGGUACUCAGGCUGGUUCGCCGACAAGCUCAACAUCUGGCUGGCUACGCGGAACGGUGGGGUCCACCGUCCAGAGCAUCAUCUCCUUCACCUCAUUAUCCCGUACCUGGCCGGUGCAAUUGGUAUCAUAGUCUUUGGCGUCUGCGCCAACAACCCCGAGAAAUACUCGGCUUGGGGUAUGAUAAUCGCUUGGGCCGUAUAUGAGUUCUCAUUCACGUGUAUCAUCAUUACCACGACGACGUUUGCUGCCGAGGUGUUCCCCGAAAACCCCGGAGCAGCCAUGGUGCCCGUAGUUGGAGGCAAGAACAUCAUUGCGUUCGGUGCUGCGUACGGGCUUAUCCCGAUGCUUCAUAUCUACUCAUACCUGCAGUCGUUCAUGAUCUUGUUCGGAAUCUUCACCGGAAUUUUCGCACUCGGAAUCCCGGUCUACUUCCUGAACUCCAAGUGGAGGAAUGCUGCUCUUCAGCGGGACUGA